AUGGCUCCACCUGUUCCAAUUAAUAAUCCCAGUGCCAAGACACAAUUGACCGCAAAAGCUGCCAAGCGCGAGAGAGUCAGGAGCUUGAAGAGACGUGCCACUGUUAUCAAAAAGCUAGACGAGCUGCACAUCAUAUGUGGAUACGAAGUCUACACACUUCUCCAGAAGGGCUUCCGCACCUAUAUUUACAAAUCCAAUAGGAGUACAGUCUGGCCGCCACCCGAUCCCGAAGUUGUAUGA